GAGGGGCUCCCUUCCAGAAGGCACUCAGUCGAUGCCUACCGGUGUCCGAGACCAGAUCGCCGUGCUCUUUUGCCGUGGCUGAAGCCGCUUUGACCGCCGUCCCUCCCGUUGUUUAUCAAGUUGGAGACCAGAAUGGCUUCCCGAUACCUGCUGCUGGCCGUGUGCUUGGCGUCCGCCGUGUGCUGGUGCCUGUCCGCGCCCGCCCCCGCGCCCAGGGCCGCCCCCCUGCUCGACGUGACCAGCGCGUGUCGCUGCACCCGCGAGUUCAACGCGGUGUGCGGCAGCGACGGCCAGACCUACUCCAACAAGUGCCUCCUUGAGUGCGCGCGCGCGCAGGGCAGCUCCAGGAUGGGUCAAGCCCUGAGGAUGGUGAAGAUGGGCCCCUGUUAGCCGAGCACGUUUGCCGCGCUCGUCACGACCAGUCGGUGGUACCUCACCUACUACCGACCGAGGCGCCCUUCGAAACAUAUCGACCCCAGUGACUCUCGCGCUUUGGUUCUCAAAGAGGCGCUCUUUUUCUUCAGUGAUAUAUGACCCAAGACUGAUUAGUAUGUAGCGUAUGUCGUGUUUGGCGUGAUGAUUUUGUGAUGUGAUUAAGUUAUUUUAUUU